UGAGCCAUCCGAUUGUUGAGAUCUCGAUUUAAUUCGACCGUUGGAGGCAUCUCCUCAUCCAACAGGGAAAUCCUCUCCACAUCCCCUUCUUAUUUAACAAACUAUACAAGCUCCUACUUUUCUCUUGGUCACGGAAGAGGCCUUUUCUUUUAAUUCUCGCUCUUAACUCUGUUCUUUUAAUCCCCAUCCUCAUCCCGACGGCUUGGCUACAGCCGCUCACCCGCUCUGAGCCACCCUAUUGUUGAGCUCGAUUUAAUUCGACCGUUGGAGGCAUCUCCUCACCCAACAGGGAAAUCCUCUCCACAUCCCCUUCUUAUCUAACAAACCGCUCUGAGCCACCCGAUUGUUGAGAUCUCGAUUUAAUUCGACCGUUGGAGGCAUCUCCUCACCCAACAGGGAAAUCCUCUCUGCAUCCCCUUCUUAUCUAACAAACUAUAAAGAGCGACAGAAAGAAAGAAACCUGACAACAUCUCUCAAGAAACCAGAGCAUAGAGAGAGACCUGAGAAAGAAGGGAAGAAGAGGCCGGAAAGCAAGGGUUUUUGUCUCUUUCCCUCCUAAUUUUCUCUUGCUCGCAGCUGGGAAGCCUUUGGAUCUCGCCUACAUUGGCGAAUCUGAGUAGCAAAGGGGAGUCGCGAACAGAAAAGGCCUUCACUUUUCUUCGAUGUUGUUUAGCCUCUUUGGGAAGAGCCUGGAAGGAGGAGGAGAAGAAGCCAUGGCAUCGAGGCGUGAUCUUGUAUUUCUUCAGCAGCAGCGAGGUUCUUUAAAUUAUUUCAAGAAGAUCGCUGGUCUAAAACGUCUAAUACAUUGGUGUCUUCCUAAAAGUUUUGGUGCUCAGAUUCAGGAUGAAGCACAAACAGCCACCGCCACUGCUGCUAAUGAGGCUACUUGUGGGAUUGUUGAUGAGCCAAAAGAUCUGGUUCAUGAUAUCGAUGCUUUGAGUGCUGAAGAUCAGUUAGCUGUGGUGGAUUAUGUAGAAGACAUCUACAAGUUUUACAAAUAUGCUGAGAACUCUAGCCAACCACAUGACUAUAUGGGCUCCCAAGUUGAGAUCACCGCAAAGAAGAGAGAAAUUCUGGCUGCUUGGUUGAUUGAAGAACACCUUAAGUUCAAGCUAAGGCCUGAGACUCUCUACCUUACAUUUUACAUAAUUGACCUGUACCUUUCCAGGGAAACAGUUCUGAGGAAAGAGUUGCAGCUUGUGGGUAUAAGCGCCAUGCUCAUCGCCUGCAAGUAUGAGGAGAUGAUCGUGGAGGCUCCAGAGGUAGUCAAGGACUUCAUAUGCAUAUCAGACUGGGCAUAUAGCAAAGAGCAGAUAUUGACCAUGGAGAAAAGAAUUCUAGACAAGCUUGAAUGGAACCUAACUGUGCCCACACCCUAUGCGUUCCUCGUGCGUUUUUAGAAAGCAGCCAUGUGUGAUAAAGAGAUGGAGCAUAUGGUCUUUUUCUUUGCUGAGUUGGCUUUGAUGCAUUACUCAAUGAUCAUGUAUUGCCCAUCCUUGAUCGCUACUUCUGCUGUGUAUGCUGCACGGCACACUCUUAAGAAGACUCCCUUCUGGAGUGAAACACUCGAGCAUCACACAGGUUUCUCAGAGCCACAGUUGCUGGAUUGUGCACAGCAUCUAGUGAGAUUUCAUUCCUCAGCAGUAGAGAGUGAGCUGAAGGUGGUUUAUAAGAAGUAUUCGAGCCCUCAAUAUGGAGCUGUUGCGCGGCAUCCUCCUGCAAAGAAACUGCUCGAUAAGCCAAAGGCAGCUUCGAGUUUUGUAUUUUUAUUUUUAUUUCAUUGGGGAUUUUGUACCAAGUUUUUGAAGGAGGGGGAUGCAUAGAGGAAAGGGGGAUUGGCUGAAGGCAGAUCAUCUUGCUGAUGAUAAUGUUUAUUGUGUGCUUUUGGGUUCCUACUCCUUUCUUAGGAGUAUUGGUGAAUGGUGUGCAAUUUGAUGUAUCAUGUGUACUGAGUAACUGCUUUGCCACAUCUAGUGGUAAUUAUUUAUAGUUUGUUCCCUUUUGCUAAAA